AUGCGUGUUAUGGAACGCAUGAUAUGCCAGAAUUGUCUAGACGAUAUCCUUAUCGAUUUUCACAGCUGGAACGAUCCAGCUGACGAGGUACGCGAACAAGGCAGUCUCUACCCGCUCUGGCGAUUCAAACAUCCGGGGUCACGUCAAAAACGAUUACCGGUUACUUCAAUUCGUUGGUCAACGCGAUACGCGGAUUUGUUCUAUGUGGGAUAUGGUGAGGGAAAAACGGAUGGGAGAAAAUGUAACGGUGGAGCGGGGAACGAUGGUGUCGAUCCGAACAGUUUUGACAAUCAACGAAUUUUCUACAAAACUGAUGAGUAUUUAGACACGGAGACUCACGACCUGUGGCAAUUCACCCCACCAACCUAUUCGUUCAAAUCUGGGGAGAAAGUCUCUCGCUUGUUCAACCAACCACAUUUCGGUCCGUGUUGGAAUGUGGAAUGGUUGAUUCGAAGCGAUUCAAACGAGAUGGAUGUUGUCUCUAUCGCCGGUGACGGACGUCUAUUGUGCUGGUCGGUGCAAAAGGUGCUAUUUGGUUUUCCAACUUCCAGUGGAUUGUACGAGAAAAUUGCCAUGGGCACCGGAUCCGGGAGAAUUGUGGUCUGUAGUACAAUAGAUUCCGGUCAAAUCGAUUACCAUUGGCCUAAAUCUCAUGACUCACCGGUGCAACAAGUUCGCUGGAACCCGAUCGUCCCAGAUAUCCUCAUCUCCUGUUCGUUUGAUCGGACAGUGAAAUUUUGGACCCCGGGAACUCCUUACGCGCUCACGACAAUCGAACUGUUUGUCCCGGUCAGUGAUGUGUGCUGGGCCCCGUACAGUUCGACCACAUUCGCGCUGGUCACACAGACCGGACAAGUCCAGGUAUUCGAUCUGUUCUGGAGCCAGACUCACCCAUUGGCCACGCAUGAAUUGAUGCGUGGCCGAAUCCCGGUGGCCGGGACAAAGCUGAUUUUCAACACACGAUUACCUCUACUUCUGGUGGGCGAUGAACAGUAA